CCUAGUGGCCGCAGGUUGGCGGAGAGGGGCGCGGGGAGCAGGUAACCCGGCGGGAGACGGCUUCCGGGCCAUCCUCCCCCCACAAAAUGCCUGAGGGCCCUGAGCUGCAUCUGGCCAGCCAGUUUGUGAACGAGGCAUGCAGGGGGCUGGUGUUUGGCGGGUGUGUGGAGAAGUCACCCAUCAGCCGCAACCCUGAGGUGCCCUUUGAGAGCAGUGCCUACUACAUCUCAGCCUCAGCCCGUGGCAAGGAGCUUCGAUUGACACUGAGCCCCCUGCCUGGGGCCCAGCCCCCACAGGAGCCACUGGCCCUCAUCUUCCACUUCGGCAUGUCUGGAUCCUUCCAGCUGGCACCCAGCAAUGCACUACCACCCCAUGCCCAUCUGCGCUUUUACACGGCUCCUCCUGGUCCCCAACUCACCCUCUGCUUCGUGGACAUCCGCUGCUUUGGCCACUGGGAGCUCACGGGCGAGUGGCAACCAGGCCGUGGGCCAUGUGUCUUGCUGGAGUAUGAACAGUUCAGGGAGAAUGUGUUACGAAACCUAGCAGACAAGGUCUUUGACCGGCCCAUCUGUGAGGCCCUCUUGGACCAGAGGUUCUUCAAUGGCAUUGGCAACUAUCUGCGGGCAGAGAUCCUAUACAGGCUGAGGAUACCCCCCUUUGAGAAGGCCCGCACUGUUCACAGGCUGAGCCCCAAGUUGACCCUGAGCCAGAAGAUCAAGGCCAAGCUGCAGAACCCAGAUCUUCUGGACCUGUGCCACUCAGUGCCCAAGGAAGUGGUCCAGCUGGGCGGCAAGGGCUAUGGGCAAGCGAGAGGGGAGGAGGAUUUUGCACCCUUUCGAGCCUGGCUGCGGUGCUAUGGCGUGGUGGGCAUGCGCUCCCUGCGGGACCGGCACGGCCGUACCAUCUGGUUCCAGGGGGAUCCUGGACCUCUGGCACCCAAAGGGGGCAAGUCCCAUAAGAAGAAAUCCAGCGGAGCACAGCGGGGUCCUGAGGAUGGAGUGGAGGAUCAUCCACCCCCAAGCAAGGCCCCUUCCAGGACACGAAGGGCAUGGAGAGGCCUUCCUGAGCAAACAACAGCCCAGCAGCCUGAGGGGACCAGCCUCCAAGACCCAAAAGUCCCCCCAGUCACUGAGAAAGGGAAGAGGAGAGGGCGAAGGGCCAACUCAGGCUGCUGCAGACCUUAAAAGAUAAAGACUGCCAUCCCAUCUUUGGAGCCUGAGGAGACCUCAGCCUCUUAGCAGGAGGAUCUCCUUGCUUGCACCUAUCCCUUCCCGCUGCCUUGCCCUGGAUCUGGGGCCUUGUGUGGCUUUCUAGAAGCAUGCAACAGGUUCAAGGGGCUAGAUGCCUGUGACCUUGUGGCUGUUCCCCACAUAACUAUGUUUUUAAUUGUACCCACCAUCCCCAUUUUUUAAGCCCAUGUGAAAAAUGCUGUAUUUUUAAAAAUAUAAAUUGGUAAACUUC